AUGGUUUCCAAACUAUCAAAGCCAUCGCAGGUGUCCCAGCAUACUGCUGGCAUCUUUGCGGAUAUGUCCGUGGAUGGCCCGCCGAUAGGGACGCUGGUGGCCAUCAUUGACCGCGCCAAAAAUCUACCCAACAGGAAAUCAAUGGGCAAGCAGAAUCCCUACUGUGCCGCGCGGCUGGGGAAGGAAGCGAAGAAGACAGAAACCGAUAUGAGAGGCGGCCAGACCCCCAGAUGGGAUCAAGAGUUGCGGUUUACGGUCCACGAAUCACCCGAUUACACCCAAUUGAAAGUGUCCGUCUUCAAUGACGAUAAGAAAACCGAUCUCAUCGGUGAAACAUGGAUUGAUAUUAAAAACGUUAUUAUCCCAGGUGGUGGGCAGAAUGACUUUUGGCACUCAUUGCAGUGCAAGGGGAAAUAUGCGGGGGAUAUCAGGAUCGAGUUGACCUUCUACGACACCCGCCCCAAGGAUGCGGCGGUUAUCGAGAGGAGAAAGGAAACGGAAAAAGUAGAGGCAAAGACAGAAACUGUGCAAUCAGGUCUCUCUGGUCCCCGUCAGGCGAAACCACCCAAAAGAAGGCCUCUCCCAGCAGACCCAACUGGCUCGUCUCUCGCUCGCCCGUCUUCAUCUGAUCAUGCUCGCCCUUCAUCUCGAGACAACCACCCUACCCCAACUCGACAACAAAUACAAGCCCAACCUCAGCCCCAACCCCACCCGCAAUCACAACCGCAUCCGCAGCCUCCGACGCAGAUUCCACGGACAUACGAAACUCCCGAUGAUUUUAAUCGUUCAUGGGGCCCUCCGCCCCCAACAGUUGUUUCGAAGCAAACCCCUCCCAUGCCUCAAUCUUAUCAACGCCCACCCCCGCGAGAGGUUCAAGAGUUACCAGCUGAUCAGUACGAACGUCAACCUCCACCCCCAAUGCCGCUUCCUCGAGAGAUGGCGUAUCCUCAAGAACCGGAGUAUAACCACCAUGUCCACAAUAAUCCGCAUCAACCGCUUGACCACGGCCGGCAGCGUUCUCUCGAACAAAAUGGAUAUGAAUAUCCUGCUGAACCAACCCAACGUUCCCGGGAUGCCUAUCAGACACCUCCCCGACAACAUAGCUACAUUAUGCCUGCGCCAGAAAAUUACAGUGGUGGCCCACCCUCAUAUCCUCCUCCUUCCAGUGGUUCUCCAUACGGUGCUGUGGAAUCGCAGCCACAAGUUCCGGAGCCCUCCUCACAAUCUCUAGUCAUGACUAAUGCUGGUGAUCGCCGUAGCCCCUACCACCAGCAUAGUUCCUCUCAUUCAAACAAUGAUUCCUUCCUUGAAGCCCCGUUACGCAAUUCCGUGAACCAAACGGACUUCCAUCCCCGCCAUGAAUACAGGCAGCCGCAUGUUCAGGAUGAGGAUGAAGAUGGACCGCCUCCCCCACCCCCAGUGCAUCGCCAAGGCUUCCAACAGCACCAACAGCAGCACCACCAACAACAACACUCUAGCCCACCACCACUUGUGGAGUACUCUCAAAAUGAAACGGGCGCCAUACCAAUGCCGGAUGCUCUCAAUUUAGGCCCAGGCAGAACCUCCCCCAUGGACGACCAGCAGACAUACGUUGCGUACUCUCCAAGUUACGAGAAUCAGAAUUUCUCAUCUGCAGAAACAGAGCCCGUUUAUUCAACUUCCCCGACGCCUUCGAACAACAAUAGCUACAGGCAUGAUAGGGGACGUUCUCAGGACCGACCUAGCACAUCAAACGGGGAGACUGUCCCAUCAGCCUUAAGACCUGGCUACGAAGCGCCUGAUGUAGACGAAGGGGACCGAAACAUGUAUAAUGGCCAUCCCGAGCGCCAGCAGAGUUAUGUCCGGCCACCACCCCCUCAACCAACGCCACCAUCUCAACUCGUGCGAGUAUCUCCAAGUAUUGUGGCUGAGCGGCCGCAUCGAACAACCCCUGACCUCCGACAUGUCCCUCCCCGCAAAUCCCUUAGCCCCCAUCCGUCUCCUUCAGAGGAGCCCGGUACCUUAGACGGGAUUCCAUUUUCGCCAGACUCUUUCGACGCCCUGAAUCCUCACAUAUCAACGGCCUCCGCACUUCAACAACCGGCUCCUCCAUACGGAACUCCUGAGGGCGCUAUGGAAGCCGCCCGGCAGCGAGAGGUGGAGAAGUUGCGGGAUCUAGGUCCGAUAAUUGGUAAUGACGGUCGGGUUAUUGAUCCGUCUGACCAUUUACCCACGGACACCUGGGCACCAGAGCCAGAACGCAAAUCGCGGAAACCGGAGAUAGUCGUGCGAUUCAAGCACGCGCCACAGAACUCGACGCGGUUCUCGCCACGCGAAUCAACUGCAACUCGGUCAUCAUUGUCCUCUUCCGCAAAGGUUACAAAGGCGCGUCCACAUUCGAUGGCUCCUGUCCAAUCAUAUUCCCACGGCCAUUCACCCAACCCUCCACCCCAACAAACUAUCAACUCGAAUUCCACCCCUCAAAGCCUGGCUCACCUCCAACAACAAGGUGCCCGCCCCUACUCGUAUAUACAACCAAGUACUGUCGCCAGUGGCAACGAUCUUAUGUACACGCAGAAUCGCAAUCACAACCACCCCCAUUCCCCAUCCCAACGGCCAAACAACGCCUUCAGCGUCAGUGAACGCAAUUCGUACGGGUAUAAUGGGAAUCAUAAUACAAAUACACCGCCGUAUGCCAACCACAGCCACAACCCGCGCACGUCCGUCUCCCCUUCUCCCAUCCCAGCAUCACAUCAUCCUCAGUUCCCCUCGAAUCACCAGCCUCCACGCCACUCCCACUCCCACUCCCACUAUCAUUCACAUUCUCCGACAUCAAGUUCGAUUUCCACGGCUCCUCCAAUCCCCGCAAAAGUCCCUGUGCACAGCAGCGGAAGCGGCGGCGGAGGGGAGCUGGACGCGUUAAGUGAGGAGAUGCGGAGGAUUGAUAUUGGUGUCUCUUGUGGUGGCGUUGGAGGGGCCGGGAACGCGGGGAGGAGGGGGAGGGCGAGGGUGUCCUAUGCUGGGAGUGGGGGACCGGGAUAUGCAGGGUGA